AUGAAUAUCAGUAUUCCAAUUACUACUAUUUUUGCAGGUGCUUUGGGUGUUAUCUACACUGGUUUGGCAUUGAAUGUCGUAAAGUACAGAAGAGGACUUCAAAUCUCGAUCGGUGAUGGUAGUCACAACCUCAUCAAGGAGAUUGCCAAAAAGAAGGAUGGAGACGAGGUCGAUGUCAGAAAGUACAAUAAAUUGCUUGGAGCAGUCAGAGCACACGCCAACUUUAUUGAAUACGUACCAAUCCAGUUGAUUCUAGCAGCACUCUUGGAGCUCCAAGGUGCCGACAAAUUCAGUCUAAAGGUUCUACUCGGUGCAUUCACAUUCAGCAGAGUCAUUCAUAUCUCUGGAAUUACAAACCGUAACUUUGUAGGAACGACCAGAGUAUUGGGAACUGUAUUCACAUUUAUCACCCUCUUUGCCUCCUCAGUAGCGUGUCUCUACUAUGGAUUCAAUUUACUCAAAUAA